AUGCAAGGUAGUGGAAUGAUAAAAGGAACUAUUCGAAUGCAAAUGAAUUUACUUUCUUUGGUGAAAGGAUUACCGGAGGAUAAUGACAAUGUCAGUGUCUUCAUUUAUUCCGCAAUGAGUGAAAACCAGCAUGCUUAUGAUUCUCAUAUUCGACCUCUUUCAACAACGGCAAUAACGACAAUAAUAAAGAUGACAAACGGAAACAAUGGAAGACGGAAGAAAUAA